AUGAUCUUGAGUGGGGAUGAAAUUCAGAAUUUUGCAUUGGCAGAGAUUGAGAAAUUGUUGCAGAAUCUUGGCAAAACUUUGCAUGAUUUCCAUGGUUUGCCGUAUCCUGAUAAUCAGUAUUUUGAAUCAAGCGAAAAUAGGCUGAUUACUGAUGAGUUGUGUUAUGAUCGUGAAUGUUUAGCAAGGGAAUAUUUGGAAUUUAUCUCCAAAUUCACUGAUGAACAACUUUAUGUGCAUGACACUAUAAUGUCGUCUGUGCAUUCUAAUGAUGGAGGAAAAUUUUUUGUUUAUGGCUAUGGAGGUACUGGGAAAACUUUCAUUUGGAGAUCAUUGUCUGCAGGGAUUCGUUCGAAGGGCGAUAUUGUUUUAAAUGUGGCGUCCAGUGGCAUAGCUUCUUUAUUAUUGCCUGGUGGUAGAACAACUCAUUCUCGGUUUAAAAUUUCCAUUAAUGUGAAUAAAGAUUCUAUGUGCAAUAUUAAACCAGGCGGUGCACUUGCUGAGUUGAUUGUGAGAGCUAAGCUUAUUAUAUGGGAUGAAGCUCCGAUGAUUCAUAAAUACUGCAUAGAAGUCGUGGAUAGAACUUUAAGAGAUAUUAUGCGUGUAUGCAAUGAGUUAAAUAGUAACAAACCGUUUGGUGGUAAAACUGUUGUUUUUGGUGGUGACUUUAGACAAAUCUUGCCAGUUGUUCCUAAAGGCAGUCGUCAAGAUGUUGUGAAUGCUACCAUUAACUCAUCUUAUCUUUGGAAGAGUUGCACAGUUUUAAGGCUGACCAAAAAUAUUAGGCUUUUGAAUGUUGAAAAUGUUGAUGAAGCCUCUAAAUUGAAGGAAUUUUCCUCUUGGGUUGCUUAUAUUGGAGAUGGUGUUAUUGGUGGUCCAAAUGAUGGUGAAGUGGGUAUUCGACUUCCUAGAGACAUUGUUUUGUCAAAUUCUGGUGAUCCUCUUAGAACCAUUGUAGUUGACGAGGUUAACCAAUUUAUGAUUUCUUUGGAUCAGUCUCAAGGUCGAGUUUACUUUAGUUCUGAUAGUAUUUUAAACUCUGACUCCACAUCAAAUGGUCUUGCUGAGAUACAUUAUGUUGAGUUUUUGAAUAAUUUGAAGUGUUCUGGUACACCUAACCAUGAAUUGUUGCUGAAAGUUGGUACUCAUGUGAUGUUGUUUAGGAACAUAGACCUGUCAAACGGGUUGUGUAAUGGCACAAGAUUGAUAAUUACACAAUUAGGUGAUUAUGUGUUAGAGGGACAGGUAUUGGGUGGCCAUAAUAUUGGUCAUAAAGUGUUGAUUCCUCGAAUGUCCUUAAUACCAUCUGAUCCGAGAUUGCCUUUCAAGUUCCAAAGAAGACAAUUUCCUUUGGCUGUUUCGUAUGCAAUGACAAUUAACAAGAGUCAGGGUCAAUCACUCUCUCAUGUUGGAUUAUUUUUGAGAAAACCUGUUUUCAAUCAUGGACAGCUGUAUGUUGCUAUAUCAAGAGUCACAAGUCGUGAAGGUUUGAAGAUUUUGGUGUGUAAAGAUGAAGAAGAUGAAGGCAAUGGUGAUUCUACUGUUAACAUUGUUUAUAAAGAAGUUUUUCAAAACUUAUGA